UUCCCAUGCUCACCCGCCUCGUUGUCUGCGCCGCGGCACUACUGACGCACCACGUUACGCAUGCGCAUGUGCAAGAGCUCAUUCGAAGCGGUCAAGUCAAGUCGAAAGGCGUCAACUUGGGCGGCUGGCUCGUAGCUGAAGAAUGGAUGACGUGGGACUCGCCGUUGUGGUGGGGAGUGCCCGCCACGCACCACAGCGAGUACCACGCGAUGGAUUUCCUCGGACCGGUGCAAGGCCAGAAGCAGUUUGACACGCACUGGUCAUCGUGGAUCACGGAAACGGACAUCAAGCUCAUCGCGCAAGCCAACCUCAACCUCGUGCGCGUGCCUGUGGGGUACUGGAUUCAAGGGUGCACGGGGUUAUCUCCAGCAUUGUUCAAACAGUGCAACGUGUACGCCAAAGGCGGGAUUGUGUACUUGGACAAGCUCAUCCGUGAAUGGGCCCCCAAGUACAAUGUGGCCGUGCUCAUCAGCAUCCAUGGGGCCGCGGGGUCCCAAAACGGCGCCGACCACAGCGGGUCCAUUGACGGCCUUUCCCAUUGGACUGAAACCUACGACAACGUGUGGGCGACUCGGCAGCUGGCGUCGUUCCUGGCUCGGCGGUACAAGUCUGACAUUUCGUUUCUCGGCAUCGGGUUGCUCAACGAACCGGGGGGAACGACCAACCAAGCCACCAUGCAGCAAUACUACCACGACGUGUACUACGACGUUCGGACGGUAAUCGGCAGCGACUGCAUCCUGGCCUUGUCGCCGUUGUUGUGGUUUCAAGGCCGCGGGGGCGGGCCCAACUUUGAGGACUUUGGAAAGUACAUGUACAAUGUCUGGGUCGAAUGGCACCCGUACUUGAUCUGGGGGUACACUGGCAAGUCCGAGAACGACUUGAUCAGCGCGGCCAAGGCAUGGGCGACGCAAAUCCGCGAUUGGACCGGCCAUCCCCUGUUUAUGGGCGAGUGGUCGUAUGUGACAGCGGGCAACACGUUCCAGACGGACGCCGCCACGAGCCUCCUCGUGGAAACGAUGCUCAACAUGGUCGAGUACGCGCAGGGCGGGUGGACGAUUUGGUCGUGGCGCGUUGCCGGUAACAAUCCGUGGAACCGAUGGAAUGUCAAGGGGUUGCUGAAUGCAUACGAGCACUCAAACCAGUUCUCGACUGGCAACCGCCCCAACGUGUCCACCCCCCUAACUAUUGUGCGGGCGGCCCCCAACCAACGGCUGGAGCUGUACCAAUACUUCAACCGUGGCGUGGUUCAAAACGCCAACUACAUUGCUAAAUUUGGCGUGACCGACUUGGAGCGAUGGGUGUAUUACGGCACCUCCAACUUGCUCCGGUCCGACCGCACGGGGGACUGCCUCGACGGGUACCGCAGCGGCAGCAACUUUCUCGCGCAUUCAUGGUACUGCGACGAAAGCAACCCGAACCAGAAGUGGCGCCUCGCCAACCACAGCCUCGUGCACGUGACGUACAACAAGUGCCUAUCCAUCUCAGCGGACGGCAGCUCGACCAUUCUCGCCACGUGCAACGCAGACGACCCGACGCAGUUCUUCGCAACGAACGAAGUCGCGAGACUUGUGGCCUUUGACGGCACCCGGCUCAUGGCGUAUGGUGGCAAUAAAGACGGGUGGUCCGGUAUUGCCAAGGUGGGGGUGCCCCUCCUCGACGCGUCAGACGCGUGGCUGAUCGAGUACACGACGCGCCGCGUGAUCAACACCAUGUCUGGCAAGUGCUUGGACGCGUUCGGCGUCGACUACAACAAAGGUACGGGCUCGGUGCACACGUGGCCGUGCAGCAACGGCAACGGCAACCAACUGUGGAACUUUGACGCGGCCACGAGUCAGCUCCGCCACGCCACCCACGCAGGGUUCUGCCUCGAUCUGUCCGGCGGCGCCCCCACGCUGUCGCUGUGCCGCGACCCACGACAAAAGCAGCAGUUUGCAUCCCAGCAACUUGACCUUGACUGGAUUUCGUAUCCGCAGGUGGACGUGCUCGGCAGCAUUAGUGGUUAGAAGGUGCAGUAUUCAUACAUAGUAAUCCGAUUUUUUUUCACGCCA